AUGCAAACAGGCAGAAUUCAGAAAUCUGUGCAUCCUUGCAAGUUGUCUGAAGGAUUUCAAAGCAAGGUCGUGGCACCUCGCAAUCCGAAGUUGAUCAGAGAAGAAAAGAAGAAAGAUGCCCCACUGACUCCAUCUACCUUCCUGAAAGAGAUGUCUCUCACAACGGAGCAGAAACUGGCAUGCACCCAUGAGAUGUGCCUCCCUCGCAUCAUCCAGCUUUUGGACAUGAGCGAAACUUCCCACCAAAAGUUCUCUUCACUCGAUCUGGACCAGUCGCUGUUCCAGCCGUUCCCAUCAGAAGUGAUUUUCCAAAACUUCGCCCCUUGUGAGAUCUAUGAGGUGCCACUGAUUCUGCGGAACAAUGACAAGAUCCCCAGGCUGGUGAAAGUGGUCCUGCAGAGUUCGCCCUACUUCCAAGUCAUUAGCCCCAAUAACGUGUGUAACAAAGUUGCUCCUGGCAUGCCGUCUACGUUCCGCAUCCUUUUCACGCCAGAGGAGAACAAGGAUUAUUUGCAUGAAGUGACCUGCAUUACUGAAAGGGAAAAAUUUAUUGUGCCUAUCCGAGCAAUCGGAGCCAGGGGCAUUCUGGACUUCCCUGACCAACUGAAUUUUUCUACCUGCCCAGUCAAGUACAACACGCAGAAAACACUGCUGGUCCGCAACAUUGGGAACCGAGAAGCCCGUUACCAAAUCAGUACGAAGAGCCCUUUCGCUGUUGAGCCCUCCACUGGGACCCUUGGAGUUGGGGAGACCACACAGUUCACAGUUGAAUUUCUGCCACAAGAGACGGGCAAUCACUGUGAGGACCUGGUAGUGCAUUAUGACACAGGGGAGGAUAUCCAUGUCCGCAUCUAUGGCGCAGCUGCAGAUGUCAAUGUGAGACUGGAGAAGAACUCCUUGACCAUUGAGAAGACCUACGUCACUUUAGCAAACCAGAGGUCUGUAGCUAUUCACAAUCGGAGCAACAUCAUCGCACAUUUCCAGUGGAAGUUCUUUGCAACGCAAGCAGAGGAGGAGCAGAAAAAACAACUGCUCUGCCGUUCACUUCAGGUUGAGGAAGAGAGCGUGGUCGAUCAUUUUCUGGAAGAAUGCAUCACGAAUCCCACUCUUCGCGAGCACCUCUCCAUAGUCACCCGGACCUUUCGGAACCGCCAGGCAGCAGUGUACGAGGACCCCAUGCUCUUCAACAACAACAUCUUCACAAUUGAACCUCUGCAGGGAGAUGUCUGGCCCAAUUCCACAACUGAAGUUAGUGUGAUCUUCAGGCCUCAAGAAGCUGGGAUUUAUCAUCGCACCGUGUACUGUGAUAUCUCAGGCCGUGAGAACCGACUCCCUCUUCGCAUCAAAGGAGAAGCCAUGGGUCCCAAGCUGCUUUUCAACUUUGACCAGCUGAACAUCGGCAAAAUUUUCAUCGGGUCAUCCCACAGUUAUGAGGCCAUCCUGUCUAACCAAGGAGCUAUAGAUGCCCUCUUUAACCUGACGUGCUCAUCCACCCUGCUGGGCUCCCGCUUUAACUUUCAGCCCAAUGAAGGUAUCAUCCUACCUGGGGGCCACCAAGCCAUUCAGAUCACCUUCAGUUCCACCAUCCUGGGAGAGUUCUGUGAAGAGUUCCAGUUCAAUGUCAAUGGAUCUCCCCAGCCUGUGAACUUAACAAUUAGGGGUUGUGUUAUUGGACCCACGUUUCAUUUCAACAUCCCAUCUCUCAAUUUUGGGGAUGUCUCCUAUGGUUUCCCUCACACACUUUCCUGCUGCCUCAGCAACACAUCUCUGGUACCGAUGACCUUCAGCCUCCGUGUCCCGGGAGAUGGCUGUGAGCUAAGCGUUGAGAGUCGAAUUCAAGCUUCUGACAUUACACGGGAAGACUGGAAAAAGGCGCACUUUGGAAACCUGAGGCCGAAGGAAUUUACCAUCACUCCCACCCAGGGUACCAUCCGUUCCCAAGGGCUCAUGAAUAUCCAGGUGACCUUAUGUUCCAACACUGUGAAGAAAUACGAAACGGCACUGGUGGUAGACGUGACAGGUAUCGGCGAGGAAGUGCUGGCACUUCUAAUUACAGCCAGAUGCAUCACACCUGCCCUGCGCGUGGCUAAUCCCACUGUGGAUUUUGGACGUUGUUUCCUGAAGUUCCCCUACCAGCAAAUGGUGCGUCUCGUUAACGACAGUGACCUGCCAGGGUGCUACGGCCUCCUCCCCCAGGAAUAUGAGGAGAACCCUACAGUCCUGCAUUCCAGUCCAGCACCUUGUGGCAUCAUUCCGCCUCGGGCCACUGUUGAAAUCCCUGUGACUCUGGAGGCCCAGAAGAGGGGGCAUCAGGAAGCCGUAGCCCACAUCGCUAUUUUUGGGAGUGGAGACCCGCCUCUGGUGAUCGAGCUGGUAACCUUUGGAGAAGGCCCGGUUGUUUACGUGCAUCCUGCUAAGCUAGAUUUCGGCAGUAUCCAGGUCUUACAGGAUAUCUCCAGGAUGCUCUACCUUUCCAAUCAGUCUUUCAUUCCUGCACCAUUUGAGGCACGGAUGGCCCGCAGUAAAUCCCUGUGGAAGAUUGAACCCAGCAAGGGAGUCGUUCCUCCGGAGGCUGAGAUAUCAAUCACUCUGAUAGCGCACCUGGAUGACACCGUGCAAUUCCAGGACACAGUCCACCUGGCCAUAAAGGACAGCAUUUCCUAUGUCAUCCCAAUCCAGGCCACUGGCAUUGGUACUACCAUUGUCACAGACAAGCCCUUUGCGCCAGCCAUCAAUCUGGGACCCCACUUCAGUUUGGACCCCUGCUCCUAUCACUUCAAGGUAACAAACCGUGGGCGUCGCACCCAUCAGCUUUACUGGAUGACAGAAGGCUUCGCCCCAUUUUGCCAGCUCAAGGCCCACCUUGCUGCCAGUGCUAACGCAAAGAAUAGGAACUCCCAUCCGAAACAAGAGCCCCGGAUUCCUGUGUUCAAACUGCAGCCACUGAGGAUGGAGCUGGCCCCCGGAAAAUCCAUGGAUAUGAUGCUGGAAGGCUGUUACGACACUCCCAGGGUGGUGAAGGAAAGGCUGCUGUGCCAUGCCAUCAUAGGGAAGCAGUCUGGGAAGGAGCGUAUCAUGACAGUGGAUGUCACCUGUGAAUUCAUUGCACCCGUUCUACAGAUUUCCUCCAGUGAGAUCACAUUCCAAGUGGAGAAGAGCCCUGGUGGGGCCUUGACUACACAGUAUGAACCUUUGAGCUUGAAGAAUGUCUCCUCGUUGCCACUCAACGUCCUUUUGACCUUGCAAGAUCCCUUCUUCCUCUGCAAUAACAAACAUCAACCUUUGCCUGCACCAUGUCAGCCUAUACUGAUAGAUAUUGAUGGAGAACAUCAUCUUUGUGUCGGGUUUGACCCCACUUACAGAGAUGACCUUUAUAAUCGAGUUGCAGAGGAAGUCUUAACUAUACGCUACCUUGAGCAUCCUCAUGUGGACCACGUCAAAUUCCGGGGAGAGGUACGCUUCCCAAACCUCCACUUCCAAACUCUGGAUCUGAAUUUUGGCUGCAUCUUAAACGACACAGAAGUUAUUCGCUACGUUGAUAUGACCAACUGCAGCCCUCUUGCCGUCAAGUAUCGCUGGUCCUUUCUGCCUGAUGACCCUGAGACCCAAAUCAGAGAUGAGGCUAUAGAAGAAUCUCUGAGCUUUACAAGUGAAGAGGAGGUUUCUGUUAAACAGCUUUCAGAUGCUGGGGGUGACACUUCAGAAGCAAAGGCCUCAUUGCUAAGUGCUGAUGACGUGGAAGAAGGUCUUCUAAAGAAGAACCAGGCAGAGAACAAGGAAGUGCUGUGGUGUAUCGAUCCUGAGGAGCAUCAUGCAACAGGCGUGGAAGAAGUGUUUGACGUCCUCCCCCUGUAUGGAAUUCUGGAGCCAGACGAGACCCAGCAAAUGUCAUUCACUUUCUAUGGCCAUGCCAACAUUGUGGCCUGCAUGAAAGCACUUUGCUUUGUGGAAGGUGGCCCCACCUACGAGAUCCUGCUCAGGGGUGAGGCCUCCCUUGUCAGUUAUGCAUUUGACAUCAAGGAGAUUGACUAUGGCCUCCAGCCUUUUGAUCAAGUCUGUGAGGCUGAGAUCACAUUGCGGAAUACCGGAAAAGUUGGAUUUCAGUACACAGUUCUUGAUGAAGUUUGGGCUUCAGCUAGCAACCCUCCACCUGGCGUGCCGCUGACUCUGCCCGUUGCUAAUUACAUUGAGUCGCAAAAGGAGCAGGUGUUGAAAGUGUAUUAUUUGCCUGGUGUACCUGAGGUCUUCCAGAGGACUUUCAAGAUCCAAGUAGCUCACCUGGAACCAGACAGCAUCACCCUGAAAGGAGAGGGAGUCUUCCCCAGAAUUUACCUGGAUCUGCCCAGAAACUUACAAGGAAAUGAACAUUACAGCAGCAUCCUCAGAGAGGCAAAGCAACACAUCGAACACAAUUCACAGAAAGAUGUUCCUUUCAGCAACCUGGAGGCUCUGGAUCCCCCCAUGGAUGAAUGCAUCAUUGCAUUUGACACCCAGUUGCAGAUGGAGGUGGAGAGGUUGCUUGUUCAACAGCAUGCCCUGGAGCAGCAGCGGUUCCUGGCCUGCGAGGACCCAGCCAUUAGCCAGAGAGCUCGCCGGAGACUCGCCAAAGCCCAGCUGCCUGAGUACAUCUUGGACUUCGGCUACAUCAUUUUGGGUACCGUAAGGACACACAUUGUCAAAAUCACCAACACCAGCCAUUUCCCCGUGUCCUUUCACGCAGACAAGCGGCACCUGCGGGAUACAGGUUUCACCAUUGAACUGGACCGAGUGAAGAACCUGCCAUACUGCGAGACUGAGACGUUUGAAAUACGGUUUGAUCCCCAGAGUGCCAACCAGCCCCUUGGAGAGCUGAAAGUGCUCCUGCCCAUCAAGGUGGUAUCUGGGCCCACGUUUCACAUCUCUCUCCGUGCCACGGUCAUCAUGCCAUCCCUCUGCAUGUCCAGUGACAACCUGGAAUUCUCCGCUGUGCAGUGUGGCCAGUGUCAGAUGGAGACCAUUCAGUUUCAUAAUCAGCUGCAGGUCACAUGCGAAUGGUUUGCCACCAGCAACGAGCAAACGAAAAAGGUGGACAAGCACAUGCCGGCAGCCUUACGUCGGAAGAUGCGCCAAGAAUUAAAGAGCAAGCCGCAUGUCUUCGAGAUGAUCCCUCCCUAUGGGAUCCUGUCUCCUGGAGAGCGGCUCAAUGUGCAAGUGAAGUUUGCACCAAGAGAAGAGAAGUUCUACAGCAACCACUUGAUUGUGAGCAUUACUCAGAGCACUCAUCAACUGCUGCUCCACGUCUCAGGACACGGUCUGGAGCCGCGCCUGGAGUUCACCCCUGCUAUCGUGGAACUCGGACCCCUCCUGCCUUAUGCCCUUGGGGAUGAGGCCGAAGUGGUAGUGAGGAACCCCUGCAGCUUCCCCAUUGAGCUCUAUUCCUUGGAACUGGACCAGCAGUAUUUGCUGGAAGAACGGAUUUUGCGCAUGUUGAAGGGCUACGAUAGCCAUAAAACCCUCCUGUUGCCUCCUCGCUUGCCUGGGGAGAAGCUGCCUCCUGAAGUGCUGGAAUUUUACGAGGAGCAGAAGAAGCUUCAAAGUGACCAGGAGUCCGUUCCUCAUGAUCACGAAGAAGAGGAAAACACCGAUCACAGAAUAAAGGCGCUUCCUUCUGGUACGACAUCCACUGGUGGUUCCAUUCUCCUUUCUGCUACACAUUACGAAGGGCCUCGUACUUACAGGGUGGAAUCAAAAUUUGAUCAGGAGGAGGAGGAAGAAGAAGAGGGACCUGACAAAGGGCAAGCCCAAGUGCAAGGACAAGGGCAAGUCGUCAGUCAGCAAAGCUUCCUCAAGCAGAAGGAGACUGUGGGAGAACUAGACAACAACCCCGUUUCCCGUGCCAUUGCCCGCCACCUUGGCAUCGACAUCUCUCCAGAAGGGCGGGCUGCCAGGAACCGCAGAGGCAUCGCCAUUGUGAUCCACGGAGCUCCCCUUACAGGGAAGACCAGUGCAGCCAUCACCCUAGCCAAACUUUACAGUGCCGCCUGCUUGUCCAUUGACUCUGUAGUCAUUGAAGCCAUCUCUGACGGGAGCAGCCCAGCAGGCCUCCGCGCCCGGGAACUCUGCAUCCGAGCCGCCAUAGAGCAGGCGCAGCGGGAAACAGAUGAAGCUGGAGCUGAUGGACAGCCCGUAACAUCUCUGGGUACCAGGCUGAGUGCUGAGGCUUUGGCUAAGCACACCUCAGAAGGCAGCCAGCCGAGCUCCGAGUCCAAAAUGGGGCCGCAGUCAACCACCUCUAGAGGCUACCGAGGAAGCUCAGUAAUGGCCAAGGGCAAGUCUGAGGGUCACGGGUCGCAAGCCCCGAAGCAACUGCAGCAUCAACAGUCUGAUCAGCCUGGAUCUCAGAUUCCAUCUAGCCCCAUCCCCAGUAUUCCCAUCCAGCGGCGCAUUAGCAUCAGUGCCAGCAUAGCUGGCGAUUCCGGCCUGAUGAGCUGUGUGUUUCCCGAAGAGCUCUUGGUGGAGAUCCUCACUGAGAGGAUGCAGCUCAGCGACUGCUAUCGCGGCGUUGUGAUUGACGGGCUGGAGAGCCUCUUUGCCCGCAACAUUCCGAUGGUGCUGCAGUGCGUACUCAAAGCGAUUAAUAAUCGGCGCCACAUCUACUUUGUGAACCUGUUCCAGGAUUUUGCAGCCAUGAAAGCCAGAGAGAAAGCCAGGCAAGAGCAGGAAGAACGGGAGCAGCAGGAAGCUGCUGCACGCGAGAAGGUUCGUCUGCAGGAGAUGGACGAAGAGGAAUAUGAUGCCCUCACUGAGGAACAGAAAAUCCAGUUUGACAGAGAACUUUUGCAGGCACUGCGGGAACGGAAAAAGAGGGAAAUGGAGAAACUGGUUCGGGAAUUGGAGGAAAAGAAACACCAGCAGGAGCUGGAGCGUUUGCGGGAGGAGGAGGAGAUGAAGAAGAAGAGCAAGCGGUACAAGAGGGAUGCGGCAAAGGAGAAAGAAGACUCCACAGGAAAGAAGGGCCAGGCAGGAGGGAAGCAAGACCAAAAGCUGAAUGAUGGAGUAGAACGGAAAACGUCCGCCCCAAGCAAAACGGACCGUCCCGAGGUGAAUGCCAAUGACAGGGAUGAGAAGAAAAGGAAGAGCAAGCAGAUGCAGAAUGAGCAGCAAGGGGGAGUGCCCCCUACAGCACAGGAGGAGGAGGAAACUGAGAAGGAAAUGAGCGAGAGCGAGAAGAACUUGGCUCAGCGGUUCAAGCUCUACGAGGCCUCACAGAAAGACAUAGUUCAGAUCCUUCUGUUCUGGGAUCGGGUUCAGGGGGUCCAGCAGUCCCUGGCCUCUGAGGAGAAGCAGGAGGAAGUGGAGGACCAGCGGCAGGCACCAUCAGGCCGCAAAGGUCGGAAGGACCGGGAACGAGAGAGGCAGGAAAGGCUGGAGAAGGAGCGAGCCGAGAAAGAGCGGCUGGAAAAAGAGAAAGCAGAGAAGGAGCGUCUAGAGCGGCUGAUUGCAGGGCAGGAGGGAGAAGGGGAAGGAGCAGACACCAUUGGAAUCCCAUGCUUAGAGAUCCAGGUGCUCAGUUCUGAGGAUUCCAGUGGCAAGAGGAUCCAAGAGACCGGCAAGCUUCCAGGUGUAGAACAGAUCUUGGAUGCCUUAGGACUGGGCCCCUCAGGGCCUCCCAUCCCCCCUACUGCCUUCUUCUCUGUGAUCCCAUACCCAGAGAAACGACAACUGCCUGUUCCAGGGGAGGCACUCAAGCACUUCACCUUCAUUGUACCUGAAGACACAAAUGUCCCUGAAGAUGAUAAGAAGGAUGCUGAAGCCAGUGCAGAGAUCACAAGUAGUCUCCCAGCAGUUAAGGAACAGAGCACCCCAACUCGAGGCAAGUCCAAGAAGGAAAAGGUUGAGCCAACCCGUGAGCCUUUGAAGGAUAAAAAGGGCGCAACCCGUAGCAGGAAGGGCACUCAUCCAAGCCCUGGCACGUUGACACCUCUGUCGGAGUUAGAUCAAUCUGCCCUGUCUGCAGAGCCGUCCGCUGAGAAGCUCUUCAAGCUGACUUGUUUUCGUUGGACGGUCCCUGCCAAUGGAGAGAUUUUGAUGCGCCUCCAUUUCUCCUCCACAAAAACAGGACUGUUUGAUCAAGUCUUCAACUUUGAGAUCCAGGGAACACGGAGACAGUACCAGGUUUACUGCAGGGGUGUCUGCACGUAUCCAACCAUUUCCCAAGACCCCAGGAUAGUGUUCCCCCACCGUAGGAAGACUGCCAAACCCGAUGAGAUUGUCUUCAAAAAGUACAUCAUGAGUUCGGGUGUGUUUCAUUUUGGCCCUUUGCUCUGCGGGAAGUCAAGAGACAAGUACAAGGCAAACCGAUUCCCUAAUCACUCUGAAAAGAUAACCAUCCUCAACAUAUCUCCUUUGGAGUGUGAAAUAACUUUCUGCUUCCAGCAUGACUACAAGGCAGUCACUUAUCUCUUGGACCCGCCUGCCAUGACGCUCAAGCCUAACGAACAACAGAAACUGACAGUAUGGGCCUAUCCAACGGGCAGCGGUAUAUUUGAAGAUAGUAUCGUGUGCUGCAUUAAAGAAAACCCACAGCCAGUAACCUUCCGGCUCUGCUGCCAAGGAGUGCGCCCAGAACUCGAGCUGGACCGCAGACAGCUUCAUUUUGAAAAGCUCCUGUUACACAGGAAGGAAGCCAAGUCGCUCUUCUUCAAGAACAACACCCCACUGCCUGUAGCAUGGCGGAUCAGUGGCCUGGAGAACAUGGGCGAGGACUUCAGCGUGUCAGAUGAUAUGGGCAUUGUUGAGGCCUUCUCUGAGUACUGUCUGCAGGUGUACUUCAAGGCUUCCAAGGUGGUCAACGUUAGGAAGGCUGUUCGCCUGGAGGUUUCGGAUGCAGAAAACAUCCUGGGGAUUGUCCAGAUAGAGAACAUACAGAUCAUCGCUGAGGCCUAUGACGUUGCCUUGGACAUCAGCUUCCCCAAAGGUACGGAUGGUACCUUGGAUUUUGGGUUUGUGAAAGUCAUGGAUGAAGCUAAACAGUCGCUGUCCCUGAAGAACAAAGGCAAAUAUGAGAUUGGUUACAGUUUUGCUGUGGAGUCCACAGAGCAUGGAUUAUCCAGUCUGAGUCCGCUGUUCUCCAUCCAGCCGUCGAAGGGGAAUUUGGGUCCCAACGACCGUCCCACUAUGGUCCAGAUAAUUUUUCGCUCCAAGAAGGAAGUAAAUGUGGAAGACAAGCCCAUUCUGAUAUGCCACGUCAUUGAGCCCAGCCUGUGUGAAGGAGGGGAGAUCAUUGCCAGCAUUCCGGUGAGGCUGACGGUGCAUUCAUUGUUCACUAAGUACAAUAUUUCCCCUCCUCCACUCAUCAACUUUGGGCCCGUGGUGCACGGUUCCCGGAAGAGCUGCAGCUUCAUCAUUGAGAACAAAGGUUGCCUCGAGUUUAAGUUUGCCAUCUUCAAGCAGGUCCGAGACAACACCAUUCCUCUGCGGAAAGGCACAUCUCACAUCAGAAAUUCUCGCUCUCGUGAAGGGGACAUCCGGCAGAAUGCUCUGCUUGGCAGACAGAGCAGGCGUUCUGAAUCUAUCAUGCAAAAGGACGUGAGCCUUGUAGCUCAGGCACGCUUCUCCCUUGGCAUGUUCUGUUUGUAUCCUGGAUUUGGCUCCAUUUCUCCAGGCGGCCAACAAGUCAUCAAUGUGGACUGCAUCGCGGAUCCCAUCGGGAAGUGUGAGGAAUACCUGACGAUUGAGAUCUCUGACAGAGACCCGGAAGACAACCCUAAUGGCAUUACGUACACGCUGAUUGCAGAAUCGUGCAUGCCAAGCUUUGUGACUGAUGAUGUCAGGUCUAUAUUUGAGGAGCAUCAGAUCUGCAACAGCAGAUGUCUCAGCCAGGUGCUGAAGGACAUAGGCUGUGAUGGUGUCUUUGUGACAGAUGAGAACAAAUUUAUCUUCAAUAACGUCCUAGUUGGGCACCAGGCAACAGCCCACUUCAAGAUCUGCAACCACGGUCGAAUCCCCUGUGAUGUGCUUCUUGCUGUCAAACCGAUCUCCCCCAAAUCUGCCAUUCGAGUCAGUGACAUCUUUGAGGUCCAUCCUGCGCGGAUGUCCAUUGCUAGCCGUGCGCAUGCCUUUGCAACUGUGACCUUCUUGCCGCAAACGAUGCAGAACUACCAGUGCAUUUUUGAGGCUUCUGUUGAUCCUGUGACCAGCAUGUCUGUUAAAUCAAGGAGUUUAUUGUUUGAGGUCACUGGGGAUGGAAACCUUCCACAAGUUACCAUUGUUCGCCCUGCAUUCCGCAAUAAAAAAGGAAACCCGCUUAUCCUCUUCAAGAAACUUCUGUUGGGCAAUUCAGAGACGCUCCCUCUUGUCCUGAAGAACAGCAGCAGUAUCCCGGCCCAGCUGCAUCUUGAUGUGUCAGAUGAACAUGGAGCUUUCAUUCUGAAACCUAAGCCCGGCACCAACUGCAUUUAUGUGUCUCAAGCUGAAGACAGUGAAUCCAGCGAGGGAGGCAGGAAACCACACACAGCCUCCCUGGUUCUGCACUGUGGGGAAUCAGCUGAGUUCAGUGUGGUUUUCCAACCCACUGUGAUCCAACAUAUCGAAGGGCUGAUCCACCUCUCCAUCGUGGACAACCAGUAUGAGGAGACAACCAUCCAGAUGGUAGGCGAAGGCUACCAGGACGAUGUCACACUGGACAACAUAACCAGUUUGAUGGCAGAGGGUGAUGGGGUGAAUGCUGAGAGGCACCUGGAAGAUGACAUAGCAGAGGCCAGAACAGAUUAUAUCCAGUUUGGGGACUGUUACAUCGGGAAGACCUAUCAAACGACAUUCACAAUAACCAAUCACAGCAAGUCUGAGGUGAUGAGAUUUGAAUGGCCUGUUUGGGGCCCGCUUCAGUUUUCCCCACAGGUUGGCCAUCUCCAUGCAGGAUGCGCCAAACACACCAUCCUGACCUUGAAAUCCAGCAUGCCCAUCGCCUUCAGAGCUCAGCCAAUGAAGUGCAAGGUUUGCAGGAUUGUCUUCCAGCAGCCUGCUGAGCAGGUGCCCGAUUGGGAUGAUCGCCUGCACACGGUCAAGUGGGUUGACAUUUCGAAGACGGCCCCGCACACACGCCCCUCUAAGAAGAAGGUGAUAGAGACCGACCCCGAGCCUGUUCACACGGUCGUGGAAGACAGUGGCCGGGAGCUGGAGCUUUGUGUCAGUGCCACCAUUGACUAUGCCCAGUAUGAGAUGGAGGUGGACCCCGUGCACUUCAGAGAUACGCUGCUCUUCCAGACGCGAGUGUUCAAAGUGGAACUGUUCAAUACCGGGAUUGUGCAGCUGGAGUACUUCUGGAAAGUAGUCAUGGAGGACAGCGGGAGGGCAGUCAACUUUGCUAAGGAACUCUCCCAGCACAGCCGACCCCUCAGCCAGCUAGGGAGCGUGUUGGACAGCUUUUCUUCGUACCUGUUCCCAGCAGUCCCCCGCCCCCCAUUCUCCAUAGAGCCCAGUUCUGGUAUCAUCCCCUCUGAGAGCUCCCAGGUCCUCCAAGUGAAAUUCUCUCCCCAGGAAUUGGGAGAGUUCGAGGGCCGUCUACUCUGCAGUAUUUCUAACCUGAAGCUUGACGAGGAAGGCCCAGUGGUGUCCGUAAAGGGGAAGAGCCUCCUGCCCUACUGCCAUUUUGAGUUGGAGGAGUCCGAUUACAUCACUGCAAACCGACGCCAUCCAGACCUGCGAGGACCUGGGGGGCCAGCCCUAGAUCCAAGCACAAAAGUGAUCGAAUUCACAUCCAUAGGCGUGCGUGUCAGAAAUACCAAGAGCUUUGCAAUCAUGAACCCCACAAAUGCCUCUUAUGCUUUCCAUUGGACCUGUGAGCAACAGAAGGAGAGAAAAGAACAAGCUGCCUUUGUCUGCUUUACCGAGAGGGGUCAGCUCCGGCCUGAGAAAAGAGUAGAGAUCAUAUUUGAAUUCUUCCCUGAACAUCUGGACGUCACAGAAUCCUUUUGGACCUUCUCAAUCCCUGAACACAACAUUUCUGUCCCAUUCCUCUUGGUGGGCCAUACCGCAGACCCUGCUGUGUCUCUGGAUAGACACCACAUCAACUUCCACUCAGUCUUGAUUGGUCACGAGGCACGGGACAGCAUCAAUAUUAUCAACAACGAGAACGAAACCUUCAAUUUUGCUGUCAGAGAGAGCUCCCGCUUUUCAGAGGGACGGAUCAACUAUCUGCAAGUUCAGCCCAUGGAAGGCUCCAUCCCGCCUUGUUCCAGGGUUCCUGUUAAUAUCUUCUUCAUGCCAACACUGGAAGGGGAAGUCAACUUUAACCUGAUCUGCGAUGUCAACAGGAAGACCCAUCCUCUUUGCUUGAAUGUCAAGGCCACUGGCCACACCAUGAACUUGACUGUGAAGUAUGAAGAAAGCAGCAGUGUGGUUAUUGAGCUGGACUCUGACCAGGUGAACACUAUCCACUUUAAAGAGAUGCAAGUGAAUGAUUAUGCUCAGUAUACCUUCCAUAUCCUCAACACUGGAAAAUUCAACUUCACCUUCACCUGGGAGUUCCACAACACCAAAGAAUUGCAGCGAUAUUUUGCCAUCUCUCCAAAUAGUGGCAUAGUGGAAGUCGGGGAAAGGACGGAGAGCGUAUUGUCAUUCCACCCACUGAAAACAUGUACCUUAAAGGAUGUUGAACUCAGACUGCAGAUCAGCCAUGGCCCCAUGUUUAUUUGUGCUCUCCGAGGUACAGCUGUAUCUCCCAGCAUCCAUUUCUCCUUCACCAAAGUGGACUUUGGAAACUGCUUCAUCUACCAUGCUGGGAUGACCAUUCCCAAACGAAUCUUGACAGUCACAAAUAAGGCUGACAGAGUUGUAAGCCUGGACUGCUUGUUCACCAGCACGCCUUACCUUGAGGUGGCUUUCCAUGGCGAAGUGCUGAAUCCCGGAGGAAAAACAGAUAUUCCAUUCACCUUCUACCCCCGAGAGGCCAUUUCCUACCAUGAAGCCGUCACCUUUGAAAUCAAUGGGCUCUCCCAAAGGAUCGUUGAAGUUCUUGGGAAGGGAAUUGAGAUGAAGAUCAAUGUUCAGCUUCCGAACAAAGUAUUGAAAUUUGGAGCUGUUCCCCCAGGACACACUGUGAAGAAGACAGCCAUCUUAGUGAACAACAGUGUUUGCUUUGUCUCCUUCAACCUCAGUUUUAUGUCGUCUAUGCCAGAGUUGCAAGAAGCGAAGGUUCUGACUAUGUCUCCAUCUACUGAUAUAAGCCUGAAGCCCAAAGGUGGCACCUGCCGCGUGGAGGUGACUUUCAGCCCGAAAAGCCGCAUCCUGCCGUUCACAGAGGAGGUCCUCCUCGAGUGCCAUGGAACUCUGCAGUCCCUCUUUGCUGUGCAAGGUUGCUGCCAGGGCAUUGAAGUCAGUCUGGACCAGACUCAUAUCCCUUUCGGCGCAGUGGUACUGCGGAGCCAGGCAUCCAGACGGAUCACGAUGCAGAAUACAGGAGACAUUGGAGUAGGAUUUAAAUGGGACGUCAGGCGCUUCAAGCCAGAUUUCUCUAUCAAGCCUGUGGAAGGCUACAUUUCUCCAGGGAUGGACGUCUCCUUUGAAGUGACCUUCCACCCCUGCGAACUGAGCCAGGACAUCUGCUAUGAGAACCUGCAAUGCCAGAUCCAAGGCAUCGAGCCCCUCAAGCUCACUCUGAGUGGAUGCUGCGUGGGGGUCCCCCCAGUAAAAGAGGUGGUUAAUUUCCAGUGCCAGGUGCGUGCAAAGAAUACACAGACCAUAAUGCUAUCCAACCGGUCAAACCAGCCAUGGACCCUGCGGCCCAUCAUUGAGGGUGAGCAGUGGAAAGGCCCGGAGUUCAUCAGGGUGGAAGCCCACCAGCAAAACAAGCCCUACGAAAUCACCUACCGGCCCCUCUCCAUGAACGUGGAGGGCAAGAAGGAUCAGGGCUCCAUCUUCUUCCCACUCCCAGAUGGGACAGGGCUGUUGUACCUCCUGCAAGGCACCACGGAAUCUCCCAAGUCUACAGGGAACUUCUUGAGAGAAGUUCCGUGUAAAACGCCCUACACCGAGCUGCUUCCCAUCUCCAAUUGGCUCAACAAGCCACAGAGGUUCCGUGUCACGUUAGACAUGAUAAAACCGGAACGGCUGGAAGUGACCACCACCUUGAAAACCCUGGAUUACAUUGAUGUGCCCGCCUCUGCCAAGAAGGAUCACAAGCUCAACUUCUUCUCUUACAAGGAAGGAAUGUACUGUGUAAAGGUGACAUUCCGCAAUGAGGUGACGCAGGAGUACCUGUUCUACUUGAUCACUUUCAAGGCCAUCCCCUGUGGUCCUCUUGGCACCAUUGAGCUGACCACCUCUGUCCGGCAAAGCAUUUCCUCCACCCUGAAGGUUGAAAACCCCCUGCAGUACCCAGUGAACUUCAACACAGACUGUAAAGUGCCUGACAUCAGCCUGCCACCCCAGAUCAUCGUCCCGGCUCAGUCUGAGGGAGUGCUUACCUUCGAAUUCCAACCAAUGAGGCCUGGAGAAACUACUGGGCGGCUGACCCUGAACAGCAACGAGUUGGGUUCCUUCCAGUACGACGUGAUCUUGAAAUCCACACCAGCCCGGCCAGAGAGGGCCCUUCACUUCUGUACCAUGCUGGGCAGCAGCCAGAACCUUAUCACCAAGUUUGUCAACUACACCCGCCAGAAGACAGAGUAUGCCACCAAAAUCGACAGCCCUGAUUUCCACGUAGACAAAUGUAUCAACGCAGCUGCAGGAUCUCAAACAGGCACGGAAGUCAGCGUGGAGGUGACCUUUGAACCUUGCCAGCUUGGUGAAACAAGGGGAACUCUUGUCCUCUCCUCCGCCAUAGGGGGCGACUACACAAUCCCUCUCUUUGGCACGUCAGUUCUCCCCAAGCCUCAGGGGCCUUUCCAGAUCAGAGCUGGGUCCAACACGACCAUCGUCUUCAAGAAUGUGUUCCUGCAGCCUAUGACCUUCUCCUAUGCUGUAGAGAACCCAGCCUUCACUGUUAAAGCCCCGGAAAACAUCCGCCCCAAGAAAACUGCCUCAAUUGUCAUCUCUUUUGAUCCGCAUCCCGGUGGCUCCAAAGUCACCAUCACCAGCAAGCUGGUUGUCUCUUGCCCACGUGCGACUGGGGUGGGCUCAGGUGUCUUCUGGGUUUACUAUCUAAAGGGCAUCAUGCCUGAGAAAUGA